GCCGUUUUUUGUCAACAGCUGUCAUUGUUUAUCUAAACGAAAAAGAAAACAACAAUUUUCAUCAAUUUGUUUAAAAAGUGCAAUUGUUAAAAAUUUACUCCAAAAAUAAAAAAAAUAAUUAAUGUUUUCAUAUCUACAAGGACAGCGGGUUAACCUGCAGCUACUGCAGGAGUCCGCAUGUCGUGAACUGGUGCAUUUACUCGAAAAAGUUGAAGGCAAUAAAUCCAUUGUACUCGAUGAUGCAUUAUUGGGUCCCAUUGGUUUGAUAGCGGCACCAAGUCUUUUUUCUGAUCGCGGUAUUAAAUUAUUAAAACUGGGAAAUGACACAAGACUACCCAAAGAUGUCAACAAUAUUAUUUAUAUAGUUAGACCAUUGGUUACAAUAAUGGAUGAUGUGGCGGCACAAGUGUUAAAAAACCCAGAAAAAGGGCGUAUGUUUCAUAUAUUCUUUGUGCCCAGACGUUCAUGUUUGUGUUUAAAGCACUUAGAACAUAAAGGCGUUUAUGGAAAAUUUGGUUUGUUGGAAGAAUUAACUUGGAACUUUUAUCCGGUUGAAAACGAUGUGGUUUCUAUGGAAUGGCCAAAUGCUUUCCGUGAUGUAGCUAUUGAUGGUGAUCCUACGGCUUUAUACCAGGCGGGAGUGGGUUUGGUGCAAUUACAGCAGAUUUAUGGCAGAAUUCCAAAGAUUUAUGGUAAGGGCACCAUGUCUCAAGGUGUUUGGGAGCGAGCCAAACAACUGGGAGCAGAGGAGAAACUCUUAUCGAAUGGUGAAAAAGGAACAAUAGAUCAAAUCAUAUUACUGGAUCGUACUAUAGAUUUAUUAAGUGCAUUUGCCACACAACUCACCUACGAAGGUUUAGUGGAUGAAUUCUUUGGUAUUCGCCAGAACCAGCUAACCAUGGCUGCCGAACUGUUUAAUGCACGCUCCGAUAAUGAGUCAUCACCGGCUCAUUUGACGGCCGAAAAGAAAACUUUUAUACUAAACUCUGGUGAUAAACUCUAUGCUGAAUUGCGUAAUAAGAAUUUCAAUGAAGUUGGUAAAGUUUUGGCCCGCAAUGCUAAAGAGAUAAGCGCCCAGACUGAUGCCAGUUCUCAAGAAAAAUCCGUACAAGAUAUGAAACGUUUAGUGGACAAGUUGCCUGCUCUAUUGGCACAAAAACAAUCGGUUUCCAAUCAUACUACUAUUGGGGAAUUGAUACGUAAACAGUUAGAUACUUAUAAAUUUACCGAUGAUUUGGCGGCCGAACAGGAGUUCAUGAUGUGUGAAGAUAUUGACAAACCCAGUUCUUAUAUAGAGGAUUUGAUUGGCAAAAAAUCAGACUUGAAUAAUAUAUUACGUUUGUUGGCAAUACAAUGUGCUGCAGCAUCGGGAUUUAAAGAAAAGGUUUUAAAUUAUUACAAAAGAGAAUUGGCUCAUGUUUAUGGCAUUGAAAUAAUAUUAAAAAUAAGCAAUCUGGAAAAGGCUGGAAUAUUAUAUACACAAUCUGAAUCCAGAGCCUAUGCUGUGUUAAGAAAGACUUUAAAUUUAACAGUUGAUGAUGCUGUCGAGGUUAAUCCCAAAGAUAUAAGUUAUGUUCACAGUUUUUAUGCCCCUCUUACGGCACGUAUUGUUGAACAAUCUCUAAAGCCUUUGGGUUGGCAAUCACUAAAGAGCCAAAUUAAUAAUUUACCCGGACCCACAUUUGAAGAUUUCCAAGCUCAACUAAUUGGUAUUGGCGGCCGGCAUUCCUCCACACCCAGUGAAGGUUCAAUGCUUAAUGUUCCACGCGUUAUACUUGUUUUUAUUGUGGGUGGUUGUACAUUUGCCGAAAUUGCAGCAUUACGUUUUCUAGCCCAGCAAGAGGAUAAUAAUGUUGAGAUUCUUAUAGCCACCACUAAAAUUAUAAAUAAACAUACAUUCUUGGAAAGUUUAUUGCAAUGAACUUGCACUUAAAACAUUCAAAUUUAUAUUCAUUAUAAAUUAACAAUAUUUAUGCUAUAAAUUAUUAUUAAAAAUAAAUUAUAUACUUGUCUAUAUAUCCUAUAAUGAAGAUGAAUAAACUUUAUUUAUAUU